UUCUCCGCGGGAGCGCUGCAGGUUGAUCGCCGCGGCUGCAGAUGAGCCGAGCCCGCGCGCGGGCGGGGGGGCGGCCGGGGCAGCGCCGCCGGGGCCGUGUCGGCGGCCGGCGCACUAUGCAAGGCCGGGAGGAUGGCGGUGGAAGCUAUCCAUUGCAACCUGAAUCCAAGUGGUAUUGAUCACCCUGUCCCUACAGAAGGUAUUAAUCUGCAACUUGAAGGGGAAGGAGUUGAAUCGCCUUCUGUUAAGACUACUGGUACUCCAAAAGGGCCUGAGUCAAAAGAGACACCCAAGAGGCAACAAGUGGAGCAAGAAAUAUCUAAGGCCGGGACUGUAAAGCUGACCAAGCCUGUGGCGUUAUGGACCCAGCAGGAUGUCUGCAAAUGGCUGAAGAAACAUUGCCCUAAUCAGUAUCAAAUCUACAGUGAGUCAUUCAAACAGCAUGACAUAACUGGCCGUGCUUUGCUGAGGCUUACUGACAAAAAGCUUGAACGAAUGGGCAUUGCCCAGGAAAGCCUGCGACAGCACAUUCUGCAGCAAGUCCUUCAGCUGAAGGUUAGAGAAGAAGUCCGAAACCUCCAGCUGCUUACACAAGAUCUCUACUUAAACAUGGAGCAUGGGUUUUUGCGGGUCAUAGAAAAGCAGCCAGCCCUUACAGCCCUUCCAGCCCCAGCAGAGAGCUCUCCAUAAACAUUUCCAGCCUCCAAAGCUGCUGUCCUGCCACUUGUUAUGAAAGCGAACUUUCCUUCACGAAAAGAACGCUCAAUGGCACUGCCAGGUGACCAUGGAGGAUUGAAGACAAACUUGAAGUACCAUCGGCCCACCCAAGACGAGGCACUCUGGGAAGACCUGGUUUGCUGUAGAGUACCAAUGUGGUGCACAAUAGCUAGUGCUAAGUUGUCGAAAAUGGUCAUUGGUGGACCUUUAGCUGGAGAAUUUCUUCCAGUUUUCAUCACUGUGCAUAAUUUUUUGAGUUCCCUUUAGGGGGACUGUCUAUGCCCUUCACUAGAAGUCCUGUUUUAGCAUGGCAACUACUGGAUUCUUUUAUUAUGUAUGCAGAAGGCAUGAUGUUUUAGGAAAAAAACCCAACCCCUUAAGAGCAGUUCUCCGAUCUCAGUGGAUAUGUUCACGAUAUUAAAACCCUGGUAGGAAUGUAAGCGUCUUGUAUGUGUUCGUUUUGCAGUCUAAUGGUAUUCUGUUGAUGUCAGCACUCCAUCCGUGCUUUCUGCACAGGACUAGCACAGCCCAUAGAUGUAGAAUGGUCUUUUGUUCAAAUGCUAAGGAUAUGUUUCGGUGUUUGUGCUGAGACUGCAUCCAGACUGAAGUCCGCUGCUAGCAUACCUUCCCCGAUCCACGGUAGGUUGUGUAGGUAGAUUUGCAGGUGGAAGAGGUGUGACUCCUUUUAUGGAAAGGUAGAGAACAGCUGUCAGAGAGGUAGCCAAGAGCAGAAUGGGUUGAAUGAGCUGUUGGACGCUGUGUCUGCUCUCCCUCUUAUCGACCAAAUAUCAAAGGUUCUUGUUUCUAGCGUGCCAAUGUGUUUUCUUCUUCGGCGAAGGAGGAGUGAAGGAGAGAGCCUUCCUCAGAGAUGUGUAUGACCCUGGGUUUGGUCUAUGAUAAAACCAGAUGUGGUGGUUCCAGAAUAAACUGGAAGAAUUCAGGUUCUUUAUUUUGGGCAGGGAUGGAGAACUGUAGUCCAAACCAAACUCUCUGAACAAGGUAAAAUGUAAGACUAUACUUCUAAGGAGCAAGACACUGCCUUUGGAGAGGGAAGUAGACUUCUUCAUUAACUUUUUCCACUUUCUAUCCAAAACAGUUUUUUGGUAGGAGCUGGGAAUAAGCAAAUGGUUCCAAUAAGCCUUUCAAUAUACUGUAGCAGGCUCAAGACUGUUGCAUUCAAUCUGAACGUUGUUUUUUGUUCAGUCUCUGAAUGGCUGGCCUCAUCACUGGUUGUAUCACAGCUGGCUGUGGUACCGCUUCUUCCAUGGGGACUCAGUGGAAUUAGCAUCUAUCCCUCCACCUUCCUGACACACUCUUUAUGCUGAACUGAUGCCAUCAACCUACUGAGGGGACUUAACUACCUGUUCCUUCUUUCUUUAAAAUCAAAGAUAGCUUUUUUGUGCAUUUAUAAAGAGUCCAUCACUCUCUCCAGCCUGAUAAACAGGUACUAGAGACGCUGUUAGCACAUAUGCCAAGCUGUGGGUGAGGUGCCAUACUGGUGCAAAGAUGCAGUGAUGGAGAGAAUGUGCAGCUACAUCAAGGGACCUCUUUAGAAGAGUCUCCUGUGUUAUAAUCCUUAAAAACUAUUGCACAGUUCAUUGCCAGAGAAGGGAAGGUCAGCCACUGAAGAUGCCCAUACAACAAACAUAAAUAUCUUUAGGGCUUGAUUUUUUCCAGGUGGGUAUGGGCUUAGGUUUCAGCUCUCCAUCUAUCUCAGAUUCAGCAUGUUGGAUGCUUCUGUAGUAUUCAGUCCAAAAUCAAAUGACUUUUACUGAUGACCAAGAUUUUCAGCAGGCAGUAGAGACUUCUAAUGGCCUGGGUCUUUCCAUAGGUUCUCAGACAGAGCUCCCAAGAAUUGCAAAGCAGUAAAGUUUCUACAUUCUCUUUCUGAAAAUCCUUUUCCCUAAUCUUAAAUUAAUUGGUGCAAAAAUUCUCUCCUAAAGAUACAAGAAUCUUUGCCAAUGGCAACAUUUGCACUUUUUAGAGCUGUUCAUAGGGUUGCAGGUUGGAAUCUGAUACCAAGAGAUCCGACUGUGCACAUGGCACAGGUCCACUGUAAGCUCCAGCAAAUUUUGCAGCUCUUUGUGCUGCAGGUUUUCAAAAUCUGCUCUGGCAAUUGACAUCAAUUUCAUGUUGGUACAGCAGUUUGAAAAGAAAGCCACUGGUGUAAGUUGUUUGAAAAAGAAGGAGAAUGCUAUACUUCUGCAGUGGGAUUUCUCUUCUUUUACUAGCCAGUGAAUAAAUUUGAAGCAAUUGGAAUGAGAAAGGAAGAGUUUAUCGGAGAGAGUUGUCUCAAAAGGGCGUACAGAAGAAGUUGAGUUAGGCAGAGAGCCAUUAGAAGCAUUUUUUGUAUCAAUGUUAGUUUUGACCAUCUUCCAGUAUAUGGGCAUGAAUUUAGAUGUGUGCACUUCUCCUGUUAAAACAGUUUGUUUUAAAAGCUUCCCAGGAUUUUAGCUAUGGUGACCUAGAAAAGCAGUGUUAAUAGGCCCUGAGAAAUGUGAAAAUGAAGUCCAGACCCUUGUGUAGCCAGACUCGCUGAGAAGUCUGCUGUAGGUGCCUAUUGGACAGAUCUCCUUUGAAGCUAGCGUAGGUCUCCAUCCUGCAGCCAGCCUGUGCAUGUGGAUAACUGCAAGUAUAGUUCCCCCGAGCCCCGUAACACUUCUCACGUGUGUAGCUGUCUGCCGGAGCCAUAAGGAAAUAACUGUACUUUUUGGCUUGUAUUUAACUAUUCAUCGUGUUUGGACUUUUUUAAUCACUGUUCUUCUCCCAAAGUAGGCCAUGCUUCCUCAGGGAUAUUUAUGAAAUUGUCCUACAUCUCCUGAACAACUAUCUGGAUCCCAGAGUAUUCCUCUGAAAAACUUUUUAAUAUAAAUAAAGCUGUGGGAGAGGUUUUUGUUGUUGUGAAUGGGGGCAGGUGCUGUGUUCUCGGAAAGGCUGUGGAGUGCGGACAAUCAAGGCUGUUGCAUUUUUUAUGCUGAACACCUUAUUAAUAGCAGGCACAUCCGCUCCUGCCUGGGUCGCAGGAGCAGUUCAGGGGAAAGAAUGCUUUAUCUCUAGUCAAUAAAUCAUUGAUGUCGAGAGUGCCAAAGACCAAGUCAACAUGAAAGGGAGUGAAUAAGUUAUUCCUGCAAAGGAAGUGAAUUCAAAUGUGCUCAGAGCCAUUAGUUCAGUGCAAAAGAGUGGGAGACUAAUGCUAUUUUCAUAAAUCAGCAAUUAUCAGUCCUGCGGAGAGAGAUGAAUUUGCAGAGGCCAGCGCUGCUGUUACAUUGGUCACUAGUUAUUACCUCUGAAACAAACCAGUGCUGGCAUCGCCGUUCCCUGUGUGCAGCCUUCUUUCCGUGCCUGGUGCCUCUCCCUGCUGCUGCACUUGCCUGGGCUCUUUGGGUCAAGACAGGUUGCAGCAUCAGACUCCACUCAGAAACACUGACAGAGACUUAGCCAUCCCAAGUGCUUCAAACUGUGGGAAGUCCUGCACUAGAAAACUGAAGGAAUUGCACUGCAGCUGAGAGCAUCCUUUGCGCUGUUUUGUUCCUUGGUUUUGUUUUCAUCUGCAUGGCUUUCUGUUGCCAAACAGCUGCCAUUUAUUCUGUUGAGGGAAAUGCAGCCUUCCAGGAGUAGGGUUUGAAAAAGCUUGGUGAAUUCCUUGAUUUUGCACAUCCAGCUGCAUGGUGAUGUGCUACCACUUGGUUGGUUUAUCUCUCCCUGUCUAUUCCUUAGCAUAAGUGUUGCCACUCAACAGCAGCUGCAGCACCUCUGAGGAAAUCAAAACCAUUAUGAAUUACAACAUUCUGGUUUUGUUUUGCCCUGAAUUUUCAGAAGACCCCAGCCCAGACCCCUGGCACACUUAAAACGGCACUACUCCAUCAGAGUCUCUGGAGAUGUGUUGGUUAAUGCCAGCCACAGAGCCAGGCCUGGGGGUGGGGGUUUCUUAUCAUUCCUUCCAUUUGCCACAAAGCCACAAGAUCUUGAUAAUUCAAAAUUGUCUCAGGCAGUCAAAGUAAAAUCCUGCAUCUUUCACAUCAGUCCCCUUUUAGCAAUUAACAUCUCUGUCAUCAGUGUCUCCUUGAACAGCCCCGCUGCAGGACUGUGCUGCAAUUGACCCUGGUAUAUAUAGACUGUGGUCAAUAAGAUUUUAAUUUAAAAAGAAAAGGUCCUCUGGUAUAAUUAAAAUUGAUGGGUGAGAGGGGAAAGUGCUACCAGCAUUACCUGCAACCUCCUAUAGUAACAUUCAGGAGUUAUCUGGAGUGGAGAAAAAACCACCAACAUAAUGUAUGGGUGAUUAGGCAGGUUCAUGAGGAUAAAUCAGCCGGUAAGGAAAGAAGCUGUUUGAUGAGGGAAGCCAAAAAAAACCGUAUGGGAAGUCAGUGGCCAAUAGGUUAGGGCUGGUAGGGCUUUGCAUGCAUCCUAAUAAAUGCUGUCAUAGCAAAGCUGAGUCUGAUGACAGGCCCAACACAGUGAUUAUUCACAGCAGGUGAAAAAAACUAACAAAUAUUCUUGGUUUGUAUUUGAGAGCAAUAGAGGGAGGGAGUCAGCCUGCACACUGAAAUGUAAUUUCUCCUAUUCCAUCUCUAAUUAGGGGUAAUAUCAAGCAGCAACUAUCUGUCCUGGGUUAACACAGCCUGCUCUCACAAGCCCCGCAGUAACACACACCAAAAAAACUGCACUGAGAUAAUGAAUUUACUGAGAUAAUAAAUGCACCAUUGCCUUAGCCUGACUGCAGAAGAUGUGCAGCAAAAUGCAGAAGCAGCAGCAGAAACCAGCAGUAAAAACAGUUCCCCCCACCCAAGCAUGCAGAAGCCAGCCCAGCAGAAAAGACCAUCACCCCAAAACCCUGAAACCCAAAGCAGCAACCAGAACAGGGAGCCUGUCAUGUUACAAUGUGAACUUCAAGCCCCAGGAUACUUUGCUCCAGCCUGUGCUUUCAUUCUGAAGCUGGCAUGACAGCAGCAUGGUGUUGAAUAGCAGCAGCACGUUUGACUCGACAUGUCCAAACCUAUGUUUGAAUUUGUGGAGCCAUUAACUGAAUCCAGAAGUGAAACAAAACUUGCCUACAACUCCUCAGAAUCAGAAAACAUAAAGGGAAGCUCCAAAUGACACCAAACCCCCCCCACAGUUCAGAGGAACGAGUGAUUUGACCCAGAAAACCAGAGGUCGUUAGCUUCCUAUCAGUGUUAGGCAAAAGCAUGGCAAGGUUGCUAUGGCCUAGUCCCUAAAGCAAUUAAAAAUGGGUUAAAUCCUCCAAAAGAAUGGUAUGGAAAUGAAUCAUGCCAGAUGCAUGAUGCUGUCAAGGCUUGUUGAUAAACUCUGCUGGCACACUGCACUUGGCCUCCUAGAGAUCAUUUGAUUCUGGUAAAGAAUGAAAAAUGGCACAACACAAAAUCAGUAUCACCCAUGUUGAGUAGGUUAAAACAUUACAAGCCCAGAUCACAGCAAAUGGCUGUAAGGAUGAGAUUGUCAUCAGCAAGACUGUUUCUAAUGAGCUUCUCCCAAUGUAUGCUCUAUUUUCAAUAUUCCUUCCAGGGGAAGAGAAAAUUACUGUUGGCAACAGCCAGAGCUGACUAACACAGGGGCACGGUAAAUAUGAUAUGAAGCAAGUCCGUGUCAGUAACCUGGAGGACAGCAGUGUCAGAAAGCCAGGAGAGAUGGCAGCAAGUCUGACUUAAAGGCAUGGGAAAUAUGUCUGGAAUAAUGUAGUGGCUGUGAAGGUGUGAUAAAUAAUCCAUUCGGUGUCAGCCCCAGACAUGCUUUUGCCAGCUGGGCUGUAGGACCUGGUAGUAGCGAUGCCGUUCCAGUUUGUUUGGUUACUGCCUGUACUUUUAAAAGAGUAUUGACAGCUUGGAAAGAUUAUUUUCAAUAGUUCCCAGUGUCAUUCAAGGGCAGGAAAACAGGUCUUAUUAUAGUGUCAGACUAAUGAAGCUCAAGCUAUUAAUUUAUCAGAGGCAAUUGGAAGAGGUGACUUGAUCUCUACGUGCAAUCACAAUCUUCUACCUGGGCAGGGAAGUGCUAUCUGAAGGCAGGUAGCUCUUUUAUUUAGAAGAAAAGGGAAUGAUGUGCUCUACUGGCUAGAAACUGAUUUCAGAGUAGAAAUUAAGUGCAAAUGCUCAACAGGGAGGAUAAUUACCUGUGGAGACAACUUAUUUAGUUACCUGGCAUGUUCUCCGUCAUACAAAGUCUUUAAAUGUAUGCAGAGUAUUUUUCUAAGUCAAUGAGCUCUACCUCAAACUGAAAUCCAGGCUCAGUGCAGCAAUUACUGGAUGAGGUUAUUAGGUGUGUAUUAUGCAAGGGUUAGAUUAGAUUGUCAGAUGUAGACUUCUGAAUUAAAAAGAUCUUAAUGUUUCCAGUAUUACAGGAAGGUAGAGCAACCUAUAUCCAUUUUUUUCACACCAAAUGGUCUUCAUUUAAACAGUUUAUAUAGACAGAGCUGUGCUUGCUAGCAUUUGGUGUGAGUAUUGGUAGGUCUGCUUGCAGUUGUGAGAUUCUUCUGUGUUUAAAGGAUGAGAACCGGACAAGAAAGCACAACAAAAAUCCUUGGAUGUACAGGAAAAAUUGUGACUUACAUCAGUAACAGCCUGGGACAAAAUGCUGCAUGCAAAUGAUGGGCCAAGUGGAUGUGUAGUCUGAGCAAGGGAUAACAGCUGUGAGUUUGCCUUUUAAGUAAGGAGGUAGCAUCUUGCUGGCAAGAAAGACAUUUCCUGCCUUCAACCACCGAAGCUGCAGAUUGAGAGUUAUAUUGUGUCGUUGUGCAGCUGAACAUUGUAGAGGGGCUCCUUGCUUCAAAGACAGCACACCGUUCCUGCUAUCAUUAUGAGCCACAUCAGAGCUGGUGAAUAAAGCCCUGGAAGUGAAAUGACUUCAGUGGGACAACCCAGAGUAGUGACAGACAGGUGCUCCCUGCAGUGGGUUUUUGCAAGGCUGGGCCCUGUUACCCUUGGCUGGUUGGAAUGUUGUGCUGUAGAAGUAAGCAACAGAGCCCUGGGUGUCUGAUUCAGGUUUCACAACACCUCUGUCAAAGGGUUCAAGGCAGGUGUGAACUGUCAGAGCCACCUUCUGCUAGGCUUCAUCAGGCAGUGGGGAACAGCAUGAACUAGGAUGUAUGGUGUAAACAGUUCAUGCAAACAAGAGAAACUAUAAAAGCAAUACUGCCUGCAAAUUGGUAUUGAAUCGACAUCAAGGAGCUGAAAUAAGAAGGGAGCAAGCUACGCCACGGCUAAGGAGAUAAAGAUCUUUGAGGAUUCUUGCUCUAAUCCAGUGUGAAAUCCUAAGAAAAUGAGUUUGGUCUAGAUUUAUUGUUUAAAGAACACUGGUACAUGCUUGCUGCCUGCCAAAUAAAUUCUGUGGAGUCACUGGCUUUGGUGGGUGAUGGCUUAGGGGUGUCCUCAACCUGCUGAGACACCUUGCAGCUCCCCUCCCUUAUGGGGAGCCGUCCUUAAGAGGCAGCUCUGGGGCCAGGCUGGAUGGAGAAGCAGCUGCUCCUGCAGAUGAGUGUGUAACGUCUGCUUCUGCCAGAAGAGCAGGAUUGUCAGCAUUAUUCUAACAUUCUUGAGAAUGAGAUGAAAAGCUCCUUUCUGAUUCUAAUUCCAAAUAUAUCUAAGUACUUAGAAAAAAAAAGGCAGCUCUGUAGUUGUUGUUACAUCUGUAAUCACAUUACUUCUGUUAAGCACUUGCCUUGAUUUCAUCUGUUUAAUAUCAUAAAUCACCAAAUUAAUUAGUGAUACACAGGGUGGUGGUGUUUUGGUGGGGUUUUUUUAAGCAGGGAGAUCAAUAUUGCAGCAAAACUGCAUGUAAGCAAUAAGAAGCUGUGCAGAGGGGAAAAAGCAAAGAAAACCACACAAUUUGCCCCAUCAGAUGCUUAGGGGACUCGUUUGGUUUGGUUUGGUUUGGUUGUUGAGAUCGUAGUUUUACAUCUAGACAGAGGCUCUGGUCUCAAAACCAAUCCCAGAUAAAGAAAUGUUUGGAGUUGCCUCCCACUUCAUCUGCAUCUCUUGUAUGCAGGAGGCUCCUUUUGCUGCUUUUCUCCUGAGAAGGGUAGAAAAGAGAUUAGGUGGCAACAGAGAAAGCACAGAGGAACAUGAGCUUCCAGCCUAUGCAAAGCAUCUCAGCACCAGACCCAGAUCCCAGCCUCCUUCCCGAGUCCAGCACCACUGACCAAGGGGAGGAAUGGGGCACACGCAAAGCCAAGUCCUGUGCCAUGCGGAGUGCUCUCUGUCAAAGCUGUUGCAGGAGACACAUUGCCUUGCAGAAUCGGCCCCCACAGAUCAGGGCACCAGCUGGGGUUGCUGCUGUCUGCUGGGCUUCACCUAAAAUACAGAUGAGCUCUGGCCCUGGGAGUGACCAGCAUUUCCCCAAAGAGGCUGUGUGCUCUGAGGAGAAGUCUCCCUUGCUUUGCUGGGAUAUCUGGUGAGCCCAAGAGGCAUAUUUAACCUUCUCACAAUUAUUUUGGAAUCUGGAAGUGGCAGGCCAUGCUUUGGGACAUGCUAACCUCAGCUUUCAGUUUCUUGUAGGUGUUGCAGUUAUCUGGACCUGCCUCACCAUUCUUUCUUUUCCCAAGUGGGCAUAAGAAGGGAUUAAUGCCUGCCUGGCUCCAUGCAGCAUAAACCAGCAAAGGGGGCUCUAAAUUUAGGCUCCUCUCUUUCCAGGCAUUGAAUGCAAUGUUGAUUGAACCUGACCUUGAGGAGGGCAGAUAACUGACAGCUGGAAUUAUGGUUACACCUGAGCUGUCUCCAAAGGUUGCCCACAAAUCGUAGCCCGUGGACAGAACUGGAUGCCAGGCUGUGCUUGCACAUCAGCAUUGGCAGCUGACGAUGGUCAUAGGCUGCAGGGAACAAGAGAGAGGCUGGGAUCAAGGUCUUGCAAAAUCUGGUGGCCUGAUACUGAAGAGCUGGAUGCAGAAAUGCUGAGUGCAAGCUCAUGGCCACGCUCUGUGGUCAAAACAGUCUCCUGAAGCUGGCGGGUGGUGUCUGGUCCAGCUGCCUUAGGAAUCAGUUCUGCUCUACAUUCACUAAGGAAUUGCUUCAUCUAAGCCAGUGAGCUCCUUUUAAUGCUAACUUGGUUGCCAAUCUAGGCAGCUGCCAGCGCUCCCCUAGUUAAACAGCGACUGUUACUCCCAGUCAGUCUAUGGCUGAGCUCUUCAAGGAGGCAGCCAGACGAGGCGGCAUAAGACAAAAGUGUGCCUUUUUGUUUGAUCUACACUGCUUGUCCCCAGGCAUCCAAGGUCUUCAUCUGUCCAGCAGUGCUUUUUUUCGGUUGUUUUUU